UCUCCUCCUCCUCCUCAAGACCCAUCGCUUCUCCUCAACUCGUUCUUAAAUCUUCCCCUGUAGUGUUACAUAGCCGCAGAAGCAGUAGCAGGCGUGCCUCGUCUUUCAAGUUUCAUCCUACUGCUCGAUACUCUGUUCCCCCAGUAUUGUAUUGGGAUAAUUGUGUAACCAAAUCACCCAUAGAAAUCGAGUCAGCAUGAGAAUACAACUACCUUGAAUGGAAGGGCCAAAGACCAAGAGAGUCGAGUGAGGAAAUUAAUGAAAGAUCGCACAAGUAAUCAGUGAGAUGAGGCACAUCUUUGAGCAUGUAACCGCAUAGCCUUUGAUAAUCAUAAACUUCAGAUCAUCGGGAAUCGCCAUAGUGUUGGUCUGGAAGAGAAAACCAGCAGUGAACUGAAAUUGAUUUUGAAGCAGAAGCGAGAAUCUAAUCAGGGAAAUGGUCCAGCAAGGGAGGGGACACUCAUCUUUGGUGAAUGCCAAUGAUGCUAAAGUACAAACUAAUGGAGCAGAUCAACAACAUUUGCCAAGUUUGAGGGCACUUCUUAAAGUUUACAAGGAUGCUAUUUUUAAUGGAGAUGAAGACACUGUAUCAGAAAUUGAAGCAAUGAUAGAAGUAAUAGAAAAUAAGCAGAAUGAAUUAGUCCAAAAAGUAUCAUCUAUGUCAGCAGAGGUAACAUCAGGGAAGGAAAAGCUUAUUCGUUUGCAAGCAGAUUUUGAUAAUUGUAGAAAAAGAUUUGAGAAAGAAAGACUUAGUGUGAGGACUGAUGCCCAAGGGGAAGUAAUUGAGAGCCUUUUGCCCAUGGUUGACAAUUUUGAGAGAGCAAAACAACAACUUAAACCUGAAACAGAAAAGGAGAAGAAGAUUGAUACCAGUUACCAGGGUAUAUACAAACAAUUUGUUGAGAUUAUGAGGAGUUUGCGUGUGGCCUCUGUGCCAACUCUGGGAAAACCCUUUGAUCCUUCAGUGCAUGAAGCUAUUGCACGAGAAGAGUCUCAAGAAUUCCCAGAUGGUAUUGUCAUUCAAGAAAUUCGCCGUGGCUUUUUACUUGGGGGCCGACUUUUAAGACCAGCAAUGGUUAAAGUCUCCAUUGGACCUGGCAGUAAGAAAUCUCCCGUGGCUGCUGAGAAAUCGCCAGGGUCACCUGCAACAGCUGCUUCAGUAGAGAAUUGAUUAGUUUUCACGCAGGAGCUGAUUUUGAUGUACUGCUUCGAUUCUUUUAUGUGCCUUGUCUGUGUCAAGCAGGGUAUAAAAGUUUGAACGAGUUUGUCACAUAUUCUUACACUGCUUAUUGAUUCACAAGAAGCAUACUAAAUGUAACUCGGAUU